AUGGUCGAGGCAGCUGCUGAGCAGCUGGUCUGCGUAGCCGGAGCUGGAGGCUUCAUCGGGUCAUGGCUGAGGACCCCCAAGAAUUCCCAUCUGCUGGCACUGGAUGGAGCUCAAGAACGUCUAUCUCUGUACCAUGCUGAUGUGCUAGACUACAUGUCACUUCGUCGUGCGUUCAGCUUAUGUGAUGGUGUCUUCCAUGUUGCAUCCCCGAUAUCGAAUGAUCCUAACUGGUAUUGCUAUGCGAAGACGGUUGUUGAGAAGACUGCAAUGGAAGAGGCAUCAAAGAGAGGGAUACAACUAAUAAUAGUCAUCCCAUCAGUGACAAUAGGCAGAAUGCUACAACCAACAUUAAACUUAACUUUAUCCAGAGUCGCCACCUACAUGAAGGGCACAAAGAAGGCAUACUCGAACGCAGUUGGCGCAUAUGUCGAUGUGCGGGACGUUGCCCUUGACCAUAUUUUGGUGUAUGAAGAUCUGAGCACGCAUGGGUGGUACCUCUGCAUAGGUGACAUGCUACAUCAAUCAGAGUUUCUUCAAAUGAUGAGAGAGCUCUUCCCACAAUACCCGAUCACCACCAAAUGCAAGGAUGAAAACAAGCCAAUGAUCAAGCCUUACAAGUUCUCCACGCAAAGGCUCGGUGCUCUGGGUAUGAAGUUCACUCCUUUGAAAGAGAGUUUAUACAACACAGUGGUCAGCCUACAGGAGAAUGGUCAUAUCCCAGUACUGCUACAUAAGUCAUCCCUCUGA